AUGGGACCCACAAAUUCAUCAGGGUCAUACCAACAGCCUUAUCAAGCUCCUCCACCACAACAAGAAGAUCCUUCUAUCAAGGAGAUGCUCUCUCAACUCUUGAAAAAAUCAGAAAGAUAUGAACAAGAGGUUGCAUCACUCAAACAAAGUCAAUUAGUGUUGGAAAAGAGUCAAUCCAAAUUUGAGGUUCAGUUGGGACAAAUAGCUACUACUCUAAACAAAUUGGAGAGAGCACAAGGUCAAUUUCCAAGCCAAAUAGAAGCUAAUCCUAGGAAUCAUGAGCAUGUUCAAGCUAUUACCACUUUGAGAAGUGGAAAAGUGAUUGAUAAUAAGAUUGGAAAUCCAAAGAUCGAUGAUAAAGAGGAAGAUGAAGGCAUGGCAAAAAGGGAACAACAAUUUGACAAGAAAUUUAGGGGCUCUUUGAAAUAUGAAAGUGACGCCACUCCUGUUGACAAAGUUACCGAAUCUUUGCAGCAUGUACCUCAUACUUCAAACAUAGCAACUCACGGUCCUCUUCCUUUCCCUCAACAUGACAAACAUGCUAGAAAAGAGAAAAAUAAAGGAGACAUUAUGGAGCAAUUUAAGAAGGUGCAAAUUAAUAUCCCUUUACUUGAUGUAAUCAAACAAAUCCCUUCCUAUGCAAAGUUUUUAAAGGAUAUUUGCACCAACAAAAGGAGGUUUGAAGAGCAUGAACAAGUGAUGUUAUCGGAAAACGUGAGUGCUGUGCUUCAAAGAAAGUUUCCACCCAAGCUUCAAGAUCCCAAAAGCUUUACAAUCCCGUGCACCAUUGGAAAAAGAAAAUUUGACAAAGCAUUGCUUGAUUUGGGAGCAAGUGUGAACUUAAUGCCCUACUCUGUAUAUGAACAACUUGGGUUGGGGGAACUAAAGUAUGUCACGAUCUCUUUGCUAUUCGCGGAUCGUUCUGUGAAGUACCCAAGAGGCAUUGUUGAAGAUGUACUUAUCCAUGUUGAUCAACUUAUCCUCCCUGCUGACUUCAUCGUCUUGGAUAUGGAGGAAGCUGAAAUUUCGGGUCAUGAACUCCCUCUCAUCCUUGGGAGACCUUUCAUGGCUACUGCAGAUACUACUAUAAAUUUUCAGGUAUUUGAAGGUUUGAAAAGACCCUUGGAUCCUUAUGAUUGUUUUCACGUCGAAGUUGUGGAUCAAAUUAUAGAGAAGACAUUCAUUGAAUUGAGCCUCACAAAUCUUAUAGAGAAUAUUGAUACUUUGACGGCACAAACCAAGACUAUUGAGGUGACGUACCUCGAUGAUCCCUCAGAUAUGUGA